UUGUUGUUGAGUAUUCUUUCGUUUUUGAAUUCGAAGCAUAUUUGCAUUAUUUUGACGGAUCUGUCACUUUGACGGCAUUCACAAUUUAAAUUAAGCGGCACAUUACGUUCAAAUUUCAAAGGUGACUUGACCAUUUUUGAACACAUUGUACAAUUUAGAAACGAGUUUUUUUCUAUAGCAACAAAUCAUUCUAAAAGUUGACAGUCAACUGAAAUAAACAAUUCCACAUUCAAAUUCUACAAUUUCUGUGCAUUUUCCAAUAAUUCGGAAUGAAUUCGCCAAUUUCGCGAAUUAUUAGACGAAGCCCCUUGCUUCUGAGACAAGGAAGUGUUUCAAAAAAUUUCGUACGCACGGAGCUAUGCGGUGGAGUCCUUGGAGAGAAUAUGCCGUUCAAGUUUCACAACAGGUUCACUUUCACCCUAAAAUGUUGGCUAUUUUUUGUGCCCGCAUUUUGGGCCCCUCAAAUCGUCGUGGCUUACCAACUUCUCAAAUAGUUAUCAAUACAAAUUGUAGUUUUUCUAAUAAAUGAUUGCUUUUUAAAUUUAGCGCGAAAUUUCAAUAGUUUACAAACAACUGCCCACGACAUAACCUCAUAUUUUCAAAAAGUUUCGCUCCAAAAUGACUUCCAUUGAGGAGAAAAUACGUAAAUUGGGCCAAAAUCGCGACAUUGAGGGCCUGCAAGACUACGUUAGCAAUUUAAGUUUGGAGGAACUUGUAAAUGUGAUUCGGACACGAUUAACUAACUCGAAUUUUACGUAUACUUGGAAUUACAUUCUGGAAGGUUUGGCGGAAAGUCCCAACUCUCAUAACAAGCGCUAUGGGGUUGUUUUGAGUGUCAUUGAAGAAUUGGACAGGAGUGAGGUUUCAAGCUUUCACAGUAAUGCUAUUACGAGCCGAAUUUGUACGGAACUUGCUAAGUUCCAAACGGAACAUUUGUUAAAAUUGUGUGAUUUUUGUGUUGAGUCUUUACAGUCGGGCAGAGUUUCACAAAUGAGUUGGAAAGAGAUAUUGCCCCAAUUAUUGAACGUUUUAAGUAAGAAAGAACAUGUUGAUGUGGAGGGUGAAGAAAUAUCAGGCAUUGAAUAUAGGCAUCAAGUCAUUAACAACAUUUGCACUUUGCAGUGGUCUCCUAAUAUCGUUGUUAAUUUAACUCAGAUGUUUAUCGACCUUUCUCUUUCUAAAGAAGAACACUUGCAAGUCGUUAACAAGUUGGCAAAACAGUUGGAAAAAAUGACGCCGCAAGAGGUCCCACCUUUUGUUUACCAGUUGCUUAAAUUUUGUAAAAAUAGCAGUGCUAGCGUCAUUUUCAUAAAAUUGCAGCACUAUUUCGCCCUGCGAUAUCAUGAUAAAUUCUUGGACCAAACCGCCUCAAGUUCAGAGAGUUCAGAAAUGGAUUUAAUCGAGGAUGCUUCAAGUCAAGACAUUCUAGAAGCAGAAGCAACAGUUCUGUACCACAUCCACAGUUUAGCUUUCGUAGGCCACAACUGCAUUAAAGACCAUUUAAAUUUCCUAAAAAACAUGUUGAGGACACCCGAAUUUAUUCUCCACCCCUUCCAAUUGAGUGUCCUACUGACCCUAUCCACAAUACCACGCUACGAGGAACGAGUUUUUGAAAUCAUCAGGUCGUGUGUCUCUCGAACAUUUCACGAAGAACAGAAGAAAAUUUCCUCGGCUUCGUUCAGGAACUUGGUGCCUGGCAAAACCAGACUUGAAAUAAUUUUCGGACAUGUUGUGACCGCAAGUGCCCAAGACCGUGACUUGGUUCUUCAGGGACUUAUCAAUUUUGCCUUUGUGCUACUUGGAGUGGGCUCUGCUUUGGGUCGAGACCCAAUCGCUGAAAAACAGUGGCAAUUAGGGAGUAUUAUCUUAAUUAAGAUAAUUAAACGGAAACGGCACACUGCGUCCAUCAUAGUGGAAACUCUGUGUAAUAAAAUAGUGACCGAACAGUCAGUGACUCAAUAUAUUGAAUGUCUUUAUUUGAUGACUCGAAAAUUGGCGCUUCUAAUGCUAGAAAACAAAAAUACGAUUAUUUCGCUAAUGGGAGGCUUGAUUGAGAUACCAUUAACCAGUGCUUUACUAGUACUAGACGCGAUUAUUCCACUCACUAAAGUCUCACCUACCAUCCGAGACCAUUUCAUUCUCUUGUUGCACAAAGCACUCCAUUCAAGAGUGACCGAAACGCGCCAAGUUGCAGUCACUGGUUACUUAAAAUUAUUAGCAAAUUUAAAAAUCUCAGAUUUAGCUAUUUUGAGUCAAGGUUCUUACUCAUCAGGUUAUUCGUUAUAUACUCAAAUUUCCAUUACUCAAACAUCACAAUGCACACCAAGUGCCUUCAGUAACGAAGCACUCUCUUUAGAAGUUUUGAACAACCUGGAGGCGUGUUUCAUGCAACCAGCCGAAGUCAGAAUUCAGCUAUACACAGGUCUCUACGACGCUGUUUGUUUGAAUCCCGAUUUGGGGAUCGCAGUUUUGGAAACGAUUUGGCCACAUUUUUGCGAUUUUUACAAUACUGACGAGGAAACGGCCGUUCCGUUGAAGUUUGAUAAAAUUACACUCACUCGAGACAUCAAUGUUUCGUUACAAGAGCCUUUGGGUAAAUUAAUUUACACAAUCGGGCUUAUUGUCACAAAAGUGGCGAAAGAUAACAACGAAACUCCCACAGUUGCCCGAAUUCUAAAGGUCCUAGAAUCAAUUUGUCAAAGAAUGAUUAAGUGUGAAUUGGUUCAUUUUGAAUUGGAUGACGGUACCGAUUUGGGCGAUGUAAUGCCCGAAUCUCAGCACAAACUUUUCGUUCUGAAGGAAGCAAUGAGUGUUUAUGAGGCUUUGAUUGGGUACAAGUUUCACUCGUGGGAACUAGACUCGGAAAAUAACGGCAAACAAAUCAAGGGUUUGUUUGAAGGUUACUUGCGACUGUCCAAUUGUUUAAAAACCGUUAACAAACCAAAAAAAUCGGACAAGAACAAAACAGAAAACGACACAACGUUGAAAAAAGAACAAAAGUCAUCAAACAGAUUAAAAUUACCGGAGACGGUGCUCGAUUUCCAAGUUUUGUCAAAAAUUAUGAGUUUUCUACACGAGACAAUGGUUUCGUGGACCACAUGCGUCCAAGCCAAUGUUGUUAAAUCAAAGAGAGAAUUUCACCAACACGCCAUGCAAGCAACUCUCAAUUUAGUUACCUCACUAAAACACAAAAAAAAUAUUGAAACGCAGACUGCUAAAGUACUUUAUGACCACUUGUGCGAUAUUGCGAUGGUCAUUUAUGAAAGAAUAAUCAAACGAAUGGACGAAUUUGCAAGUUUUGAUUGCACAACAGCUGUUUUAGCAGCUGAGUGUUUUCUGUUAAUUUUGAACAUUGUUAACAACCACCAUGGGAGUAAUUUGAAAGCAUUUUUGAGUCGAGUUGGUGGUAGAGACACAAGCGAAGACCUUGUCAGCCAUUUGAGCGAGUUUAUCCAAACUUAUCAGAAAUUAUUUGAAACGGAUGAAGACGAAAUUUCCGAGGAUCCAGAAGUUAAAAAAAUGUCGCUCAUUGUGAUCAAUACUCUGAGCUUCUUCGCACAUCAAAUUCCCCCAAAUAGCAAUACCUUAGCGUUACAAAUGAUGGAAUGGACGAAAAAUUACGCUCUUAAUAACGAUUUAAAAGGCAGACAAGUCGUCAACGGGUUUAUCACGUUAUUGUUUGAAUGCCACGUUAACUUCAAAGUUAGUUUAACUUUUUUUGAACAGGUGUCUGACCACAUUGGUGAUGUCACAGGUGUGAUCACUGAGGAGGAACACACCAGUGAAGAAAUGAAAGUUUUGAAUGAACAAACCGUAAAUACCGUUUUUACGUGUUUGUGUAACAAUAUCAAAUCAGUUCUUGAAGAUAUCGAUUGGGUUAUCGCACGUUUGAAAGCUGAAUUUUCUCUAAUGACUUAUCCCAAUGAUGAAGGUUUGGAGAGAAGACGUGAAAACUUACAAUCACGCGAACGUGGAGUUUGUUGCCAGUUAUGUUUCAUAGUCACAAUUUUAACAAAUUUGAGCAAUUGUACUAUCCCUCCCGGGGGGCUGUCUGAGGCCCUUUUAAAAAAUUUGUUUUUGUUGUAUUGCACGUUGAGUUCGCUAACAAAACAUUUCGUUUUGCGGUCGUCCAAAAUCAACCCGGUCUUCCAAAAUGCCAAAUUUGAGCGAUUAGUUAAAUUAGCUGGCAAACAAUUGGCUCCAGCUGUUUACAAGCUGAUUACUUAUAUCGAGGAGACUCAGAAGGAAGAGCCAGAAUCGCCGUCGAAAAAGUCAAAGAAAAAAGUUGAAUCGACCACUUUGAAAAGCAAAGUGCUGAAGGAGACACGACUUAUACCGAAAGUAGUUUAUGAAAUUGAACAGUUUGGUAAAUUAGUUGCGCAGUUGUCUAACAAGACUAAAAUUGAUUUGGCCAAGUUCAUGGGUCAGGGGACAGUUCGAGGUUUUAGGUUUUUGAAUUGGGAACAAGUUGUGGAGAAGGCUAAUGAUGGGGCACCACAAACACAAGAUAGUGAAGAAAAUAAUGAAGAGAGUGACGAGGAAACGUCACCACCUCCGUCAAAACAACGCAAAACUUAAUUGUUACGUUUAUUAAUACAAAAGUUAUUACAAAUAAAAUUGAAACUUAAUUACGAUGAACAACCCGUAAAGUUCUUCCCUUAGAAACAACACUUCAAAACUUUGUAUACAACAUAACACCAUGAGGUAUAGUCUUUCUCCUGAUGAUUGAGGUAAAUAAACCUUUAUGCCACAAAGUCCAAGGGGCGGUUGAAGCCCCCUUUGCGGUUCAUGUACUGUCUGUAUUUGCGUUUCAAGAUAACAUGAACCCCACCCACGUCAUUACCUUCAACUUUCUUCCCUUUGGUGGUAUCAAAACUACAAAAACCCAUCAACUUCAUCAUUUCCUGUUCAUCGGCACUUUUACCCUCCAAGUCUGCGGCAGUGACAACCGGUCUUUCCGGCUGCAGCGGUUUUGAUUUUUUCUCGACGGAUCUGGACCUGGACCUCGUCAAGGACCGGGAGUACCUCCGUCGGGGUUCCCUCUCGUGCCGUCUUUCCCUAUCCCUGGACCUCUCCUUCGACCUUUUCCGUCUGUGGCGUUCUCUCUCUCGCUCCCUAUCCCUGUCCCGUUCCCUAUCCCGCCGCCGAGACCCGUAGGGCGAUUUCGAGCGACUCCGACGUCCCAUCACUCACAAAAACUCAAAAAAAAACAAAUUUUUUCCACAAAAAUUUUGACAACUGUCACGAUCGAUUGAGAAAAACGUCGAUUUUAGUUAUGAUUUUUUACACGAAAGCGCUAGUGUUUCAAAAUUGUGGCAGUUGGACGCCAUUUUGACGCUUAAAUCCCCUGGUGUUUAAGGCUCAGUUUCGGGUGCAGCCCCCACGUUAGGCUUGAUGCGUAUGCUGGGGCGCGCCCGCGCACUGCUUUCGGAGUUGGAGUUCGGUGGAAACUGCAGAGGGUACGCGAAACGAAUUUCUAAUUUUUAGUGACCGACAUUGUAAUCGUGAGUGCUCUCAGUCGGUAUUUUUGAAGUGAAGUUUGCGAUUCGAAGCUUGUUGAGGCUUCGCAGGGCCCCCGGCGACCGUUGAAUCGAUGGGGCGUAUGCUCGCCUUGUGUCAUUAGUGCAUAGAGAAACAUUACCGUCAGUUGAGUGAUUUAAAUAACGCCGGUCUUUAACCACAUUCGAGGAAGCAACGGUAA